AUGAUGAAUCCCAGAGGAGACAAGCUAUAUGAGUGCUCAGAGUGUGAGAGAAGCUUCAUUUCAAAGUCACUUCUUACAGUUCACCAGAAGAUUCAUAAUGAAGGGAAAUUAUUUGAUAAGACACAUGUUACUCAACAACACACUAGAGAAAAGCCAUUUAGAUGUUCAGAAUGUGACAAGUGCUUCGCACAAAAGGAAAGGCUUGCUGGUCACCAAAAACGUCAUACUGAAGAGAAACAAUUUAAAUGUUCAGAAUGUGACAAGAGCUUCAUAACUAAGGGAAUUCUUGCUAUCCACCAGAGGACUCAUACUGGAGAGAAACCAUUUAAAUGCUCAGAAUGUGAAAAGUGCUUUAGAACAAAGAUACAUCUCACUCGACACCAGAGGAUUCACACAGGAGAGAAGCCAUUUCUUUGUUCAGAAUGUGACAAGUGCUUCACAACUAAGAUACAUCUCACUCUACACCAGAUGACUCACACUGGUGAGAAACAAUUUAAAUGCUCAGAAUGUGACAAGUGCUUCACAACUAAGGGACAUCUUACUAAACACCAGAGGAUUCACACUGGAGAGAAGCCAUUUCGAUGUUCAGAAUGUGAUAAGAGCUUCACAACUAAGAGACAUCUUACUGAACACCAGAGGACUCACACUGGAGAGAAGCCAUUUCCUUGUUCAGAAUGUGACAAGGGCUUCACAACUAAGUACAGUCUUACUAGACACCAGAGGACUCACACUGGAGAGAAGCCAUUUAAAUGCUCAGAAUGUGAAAAGUGCUUCACAGUUAAGGGAAAUCUUUCUGCACACCAGAUGAUACACACUGGGGAGAAGCUAUUUCGAUGUUCAGAAUGUGACAAGUGCUUCACACAAAAGGCAAAUCUUACUGAGCACCAGAGGACUCAUACUGGAGAGAAACCAUAUAGAUGUUCAGAAUGUGACAAGUGCUUCACACACAAGGGAGCUCUUACUAUUCACCACAGGAUUCACACUGGAGAGAAGCCAUUUCGAUGUUCAGAAUGUGACAAGAGCUUCACAACUAAGAGGAAUCUUACCGUUCACCAGAGGAUUCACACUGGAUAG